CGCUGGCCGGCCGGACAUCUCCAGCCACGCCGGCUCGCGCACCGUCGCCUCGCGAGCGACAUCGCAUUCGCCAGUGAUCCCUCCUGGCCCCGUCCACCACCCGCCUCUCGUCCCCGCCAACAUCAGAUGCAUCAUGGACGCGACCGCCUCCCCCUCGCGACGCAAGCUCGUCGGCCAGCCUCUCCUCUAUGCCAUCUCCGUCUUCGCCAGUCUCGGCGUCUUCUUGUUUGGCUAUGAUCAAGGCGUCAUGUCUGGGGUCAUCACAGGGCCCCAUUUCCGCAAAUUCUUCAACAACCCCGGCCCCGUUGAGGUCGGCACGAUGGUCGCCGUCCUUGAGAUCGGCGCAUUCAUCACGUCUGUCGCGGCUGGUCGCGUUGGAGAUCUCGUCGGUCGGCGGGGGACCCUCUUAAUCGGUGCUCUGGUAUUCGCCGUCGGAGGCGCCGUUCAGACCUUCACUCCAGGCUUUUGGGUCAUGGUCGUGGGUCGUGUCAUUGCCGGCUUCGGCGUUGGUUUGCUAUCAACGAUUGUACCUAUAUACCAGAGUGAAAUAUCGCCGCCGAGCCAUAGAGGGGCACUGGCUUGCAUGGAAUUCACUGGGAACAUCUUCGGCUACGCUUCUUCAGUCUGGAUCGACUACUUCUGCUCGUUCAUUGAUUCUGACAUGGCCUGGCGUAUCCCGUUGUUCAUCCAAUGCGUGAUCGGGGUUCUGCUUGCAGCUGGUACUGCCUUCAUGCCGGAGAGUCCUCGAUGGCUUAUCGAUACUGACCAGGAUGACGAAGGGUUGCAAGUGCUGGUCGACCUGCACGGUGGCGACCCUCACGAUGAGAUUGCUAACGCCGAGUAUCAAGAAAUCAAAGAGCGAGUCAUGAUCGAGCGCGAGAGUGGAGAGGCCCGGUCUUACAGCGUGAUGUGGCAGAAAUACAAGCGCCGUGUCCUGCUUGCUAUGUCUUCGCAGGCGUUCGCACAACUCAAUGGAAUCAAUGUGAUCUCGUACUACGCUCCUCGUGUGUUUGCAGAGGCGGGAUGGGUAGGCCGUGAUGCCAUUCUCAUGACUGGAAUCAACGCAAUUAUCUACCUUCUCAGCACUCUGCCAACGUGGGUACUGGUUGACCGCCUGGGUCGUCGUCCCAUUCUGCUUUCUGGUGCCGUUGUGAUGGCCGUCGCACUUGGUCUUACUGGCUGGUGGAUGUACAUCGACGUACCGGAGACGCCUAACGCCGUCGUCAUCUGUGUUAUCAUCUUUAACGCUGCGUUCGGUUUCAGUUGGGGUCCCAUCCCAUGGCUCUUCCCUCCUGAGAUCAUGCCUCUCACGGUUCGCGCUAAGGGUGUUUCGAUUUCCACCGCGACGAACUGGGCUUUCAAUUUCCUUGUCGGUGAGGUGACACCGUUCUUGCAAGAGCACAUCGAGUGGCGCCUGUAUCCUAUGCACGGCUUCUUCUGUGUUUGCAGUUUUGUUGUAGUAUACUUCCUAUACCCUGAGACUAGGGGUGUGCCCCUGGAGGAGAUGGAUGCUGUGUUCGGUGAAGAGGAACUAGAAGAACGUUUGGAAGACGAGGAGUCCGAAAGAGCCUCUCUUGUAUCGAGACGUUCAUCUCGCAGCAGACGGUCUCGCCUGAGUGUGUCUCGGCCGACCCCCGAGGGCCGUGGCGUGCUCAGUCGUCUACUCAACCAGCGCAACCGCGGUAACUACCAACCGAUCGACGCUGAUGAAUAGGAACUCCCGAGGAUGGGCAAUGGGGCAGCUGAGGAGCGUCAUGAAGACAACGAGGAGUCGCAGCCGCUCACGCGGGCGGAGGACGAGGAAGCUUCAUGAUGCGUUGUUGGUGACGAUGUCGUGGUAGUGGUGACUCGUUCCUUGGCUUUUCCCGUGCUCCAUCCUCACCCAGUUCAAGUCUACUACUACUCUAUCACACAUCUAAACCGAACUUUCCUCUCGCUCCCACACACUCUACCAUCGUGCAAUAUUUAUCGUACGAACCACUAGUCGUCGAAUCUCCAUGUGCAAUGACAAAGUUGCGUCUGUCCCGAUUGCGAACGUGC